GCGCGCUGCCGCCGUCGCACUCGGCGGCUUCCCGGGCUCAGGCUACAUUCAAGGCUGAGCUGCCGCGGCGCCUCUCGUCCGCCCCCUCAGCCGCGCGCCUGCCGCAGCCUACUCCCUUCCAGUCGGCGUCUUUCUGGGGAGCUCUGCGAAGACUCGGCAGGGAACUGCCGUCCUCCCGGCCUGAGGAAACGCUGCGACCCCCCCCGCAGGAUAGCGGCAGGGCGGGGUGGGGGGGGCGCGGGAGAAGAUGGCGACGCCGGGAGGCGAACCCCAACCUUUCGUCCCUGCCCUCUCGGUGGCUACUUUGCACCCUCAUCAUCACCCUCAUCACCACCACCACCACCAGCAGCAGCAUGGAGGUACCGGAGCUGGCGGCGGCACUGGCGGCAGUGGCGGCGCCGGCAGCGGGGGCUUCAACCUGCCCUUGAACCGGGGUCUGGAGCGCGCGCUGGAGGAGGCGGUCAACUCCGGGGGCUUGAACCUCAGUGCCAGGAAACUAAAGGAAUUUCCCAGGACUGCGGCCCCGGGCCACGACCUUUCGGACACGGUGCAGGCAGAUUUAUCUAAAAACAGACUGGUUGAAGUUCCAAUGGAGUUGUGUCAUUUUGUAUCACUGGAAAUUCUUAAUCUCUAUCACAAUUGUAUCCGAGUCAUUCCUGAGGCCAUUGUUAAUCUGCAGAUGCUGACUUACUUAAACUUGAGUCGAAAUCAGCUGUCUGCCCUGCCUGCCUGCCUGUGUGGUCUGCCUCUCAAAGUCUUAAUCGCAAGUAACAACAAGCUUGGAUCACUCCCAGAAGAGAUAGGUCAGCUCAAACAGUUAAUGGAGUUGGAUGUCAGCUGCAACGAGAUCACAGCAUUGCCUCAGCAAAUAGGUCAAUUGAAAUCUCUACGAGAACUGAAUGUCAGAAGAAAUUAUCUGAAAGUUUUGCCGCCAGAGCUAGUAGACCUUCCCUUGGUCAAGUUUGACUUUUCCUGCAACAAAGUGCUGGUGAUUCCAAUAUGCUUUCGAGAGAUGAAGCAGCUGCAGGUGUUGCUACUAGAAAACAAUCCUUUGCAAUCACCUCCUGCACAGAUUUGCACAAAGGGCAAAGUGCACAUAUUUAAGUACUUGAGCAUUCAAGCAUGCCAAAUUAAGUCAGCUGAUUCCCUUUAUCUCCAAGCCAUGGAGAGGCCCCAUUUACAGCAGCACGUGGAAGACAGCAAGAAGGAUUCUGAUUCAGGAGUUGGAAGCGAUAAUGGAGAUAAACGAUUAUCUGCCACCGAGCCUUCUGAUGAAGACACUGUGAGCCUCAAUGUGCCAAUGUCAAAUAUCAUGGAAGAGGAACAGAUCGCCAAGGACGACUCAUGCCAUCAUCGCCUUAGCCCAGUUAAAGGGGAAUUUCAUCAGGAAUUCCAGCCAGAGCUUUCCCUUUUGGGUGACAACGAUAACUCAGGAGAAGAAAGAGAUCAUUUUCCGCAUGCGGCAGAUGUUCUACACCCUGGCUUUCGGAACUGUAAAGCCAUGCCAGAAGAUUGUGAAGAGCUGUUAAGGAUAGAAGAGGACGCACACUGGCCGAGUGAGGGAAUAAUAAGUUCAUCCAAAGAUCAGGACAUGGAUAUAGUGAUGAUUGAGCAGCUGAGAGAAGCAGUAGACUUGCUGCAAGGUCCCAGCGGGCUAAGCACGGAUAUUACAGAGAGAAAUAUUUUAAGCCUGUACCCUAUGGGGUCAGGAGAAGCCUUAGAAUUACAAGAUCCUACACUGAAUGGUCAGAUACAGCUGGAGACGUCACCCUUGUGUGAGGUGCAGAAUGAUCCAGCAUUACAGACUAAUGGGAGCCAAUAUUCAGCAAAUGAGACGAGCGAGAACUCUCCUACAGUCUCUCCUACCACAAACAGCAUAGCUCCGUUUGGCCUGAAGCCUCGAUCAGUGUUUCUCAGACCUCAGAGAAAUUUGGAAUCUAUAGACCCACAAUUUACAAUUCGGAGGAAAAUGGAACAGAUGAGAGAAGAAAAAGAGCUGGUGGGACAGCUUCGUGAGAGCAUUGAAAUGAGACUGAAAGUCAGUCUGCAUGAAGACCUGGGGGCUGCGCUCAUGGAUGGUGUCGUGCUCUGCCAUCUGGUCAACCACAUUCGCCCACGAUCCGUCGCAAGCAUCCAUGUCCCCUCACCAGCAGUUCCCAAACUUAGCAUGGCCAAGUGCAGAAGAAAUGUGGAAAACUUCUUGGAAGCGUGCCGAAAAUUAGGAGUACCAGAGGAAAAAUUAUGUCUACCCCAUCACAUCCUUGAAGAGAAAGGCCUGGUCAAAGUGGGCAUUACCGUCCAAGCAUUGCUAGAUGUCAGUGUCACGAAGGCUCUGUUCACGUGAAGGCAACCCCUCUCUGUCCUUUGGGGUCACUCAGACUGUACUCCAUCAGGGAUCCUGAACCCUCUUCUUGGCACCUAGUCUACCCUUGUUCCCCAUCACUGCCUGUCACUUCCCAACUCUGUUGCAUUGAGAGGUUUGCAGACUGAGGCAGGGCUUUCUGCUUUUCAGAGCUGACCUCGGACGCUCAGACUUGACAGGUAUUUUUGCCUUGAAAGCAGAGAGCUGGGGAAGAGCUGAGCACCACAUCAAAGCCUUUAUGCCCUCUCAUCCCUUCCACGCUCACCAACUGCCGUUACCAGAACACCAAGCACAGCCGCCAAGCAACAAGAUGCGCUUGUUUUGUUCCAACCAGACUCAUGAGUAUUUCAUGGGGGAGGGGGUCACAAUCAGGUUUUUCACCACCAAAUUUUUCAAGAAGUUUCUUGAGACCAUUGCCUUUAAAAAAAAAACCCUAUUUUCGACAUACAAAAUAUUUAUAUAAAUAUUAUUUAUUAGUGAGUCGUUAUUCAUCCUUUGGAUGCAAAUUGUAAAUUAGGAAACUAUUUUAUUACUGCUUUUUUGUGGUUAAACACUUUAUUUUAAUAUUAUAAAUAUUGAGUUAUUUUCUAUCCUCUUUGGUAUGUGGUAGUUUUAGGUCUCAGUAAUCAUGUUUUCUAGUAUAUAUUAUUCAGAAAAAAAAAUUAAGCCAACAUCAGGUGCUUGUGUGACAAAGAACUGUUCUCUGGGGAGGCAUUGCUUACACUUAAGUUUGUGGAACAUUGUUCUUAUUUAUACUUCUGCAUUCCAUCCAGUUUCCUACAUUCCAGCAGCCCUUUGUCCCCCAAUACAAUAAACUGAAAUCAAGAGAGCACCCCAAAGUUAUUUGUAAAUAGCUGUGAUGGGAAAAAUAUGUAUUAAACUUGAAGAUAAAAAUGUGAACAGUUAUUUUCUUGGAUUCAGACUUCUUUUGCUAUGCACAAAACAUUCACAUUUUAACACAAAGCGUAAGUGUUAGCACCAUGUGUCUUGAAGUGUCAUUUUGCACUGUAGCAUGGGUAAUUAGAAAGUCUAGCACCAAAGGUUGAUAAAAAGGGAAUGGAACAGGAGAGUAGAGCUAAUACAAAGUUUAUUGUUUAACCAAAAAGUUUUUCAAAGGAAACUUUGACAGAGUGAACAAAAACUUCUUAAGGCACAUAGGAACUAGGCCAGGAAACCAGCACUUCUUACAACUGCCAGUUUUAAAAGGGGAAAGGACUCAGAAACAGACACGUUCGUGUUGAUGUAGUCUAGAUGGUGAUUUUCAAAGUAGCGUGUCAUCUAUUGCAAGAUUCAUGAUCUUUAAUGUGAAACUCAGGCAAAUGAUGUGGGAGUCAGUGAAGGCAGCUGCAGGCACAGCCAUGGCCACAGCAGGCUAAUGAGAAGGUCAAGCAAGUGGAGUUUGUGAGACAGGGCGGCCAAGGAGGAGCAAAUGCAAACAGAACAGGACUAAGGGAAGAACCAGCAAAGCAAAGGAACCUGUCCGUGUUGAUCUAUGAGUCCCAGGCGACUUCAUGUCACACAACCCCUGGUGCCAUGCGCUUCCAGGCACGCACACUCAUGUUGCAGCUACAACUAGCCCAGUAGUUGAUCUUUCAAAGUCCUGUGAGUGUUCACUGCACUUCCAUCUCUGGGAAAAGCCGUUGGAAGUUUUGAGGCAGCAGCAGCCACUGUUUCUAUUACCAUUGUAAAGGUGAAUGUGAAAGAAAAGAUCCCAGGAAGAGGGCAGUGUGCACUCACCCCACACCAGCAGGAACCAGUCCGGAGGUUGCUCCCCUGCUCGGAUUAGGGCUGGCGGGAGGGGGUAUUCUGCAGAUGGGACUUUGGAUUGGCAGCUAGCAGUGAUUUCUUAUCAGACGUACUGUGCACUUUAACUGAAAUUGUAUUUUAAUAUUCUAUACUUCACAAAUAUCUGUUUUGUCAAUAGCAUAACAAUGUAAAGAGGAAAGACAUUUUUGAACAAAGCAUUGAGGCAACACUCAAAGAUUGAUUCCAUUAGAAUUGAGACUGCUGAACCUUCAUGGGCAUUCAGAAUGCAGGGUCCUGAAAUAUUUUUUUUACAUGUAUAUAUGGCAACUUACAAAGCUGUGUAAUCAUUGUUUUGAGAAUUUUUUCAAAGUUAAAACAUUUCUUUGCAUACUGAUUUUCAUUAUUUUUUGAAGUUGGCUGUAUAAUACAAAUGGCUUCAGUAUUUUGUAAAAGAGCUUUUUUUCUUUAAAAUGCACUUCUUGUACUGCUAAGACAUCUUCAAGACCCUUGUACACUGUUUAUAUGUGCAAUAAAAUGUGCAUGGCUGGCUGAAAGUACUACAAAUGGACAGAAUGUGUAGAGUGCAAAUAUCUUAUUUAACAGCCAUUAAAACUUGGAAUUUGUACAAGCCAUUUUCUGAUUGAUUUACCCAUGUGAUGCAAAUGUUGAUUAGAUUGCACAUGCACAGAGAGCGUAGGAUGUCCCUGCUAAAACACAGUCGAGGUCAUCUAGUGUGAAUACUUGUAUAUAUGGAUACAAUAAAUGCAUGUUGGGUGUAUGUGUGUGCAAGAUCUUGAGAGCAAAUACAACUUUAUAUGUAGUUGUCAGAAGAAUACACAAACACACUCAGAUGCACAUUAGUCCACCCCUUAUCUGUGGUGUCAAUUCCUAAGGCUUCAGCUAUGCGUAAUCAAGUGAAAUCUGUAAAAUACUAACGUUUGUCUUAACAUGUUUAACAGAGAU